CCCGGUGACCAGUGGAAGGACAACAAGUUCAGCAACCCGUACGAAGAACAAAAGCCCCAUCUCAAUGAAUACACGGCGCAGGAGAUAGCCACCUUGCAGAGUCGACUGGACAAGCAACUCGGUCCAGAAUACAUCUCAACACGUCCAGGAAAUGGAGGAGGCAAGGUUCACUACCUCGCUGCCGAGAAGGUCAUCAAUCUUGCCAAUGAGGUCUUUGGCUUCAACGGAUGGAGCAGUGCCAUCAGAGACGUCCAAAUCGACUUUGUGAGUCUUGUUGACACUCUGCCCACUUGCUGUAAUGCUAACCUUCAUAGUNGCGAUGAGAGUCCGACAACAGGAAAGAUCAACUUGGGCCUGUCUACCAUUGUGCGCGUUUCCUUGAAGGAUGGCACAUUCCACGAGAACUGCAAAGGCAAAGCAGCUGCCUUCGAAAAGGCAAAGAAAGAGGCUGUGACUGACGCGUUGAAACGAUCAUUGCGCAAUUUCGGAAACGUCCUGGGCAAUUGCCUAUACGACAAGGACUAUCUUCAGAGAGUAACGAAAGUCAGAGUUGCGCCGUCUAAAUGGGACGCCGACAAUCUACACCGCCACCCAGAUUAUGCUCCCAUCAAGAAAGAAGCCCUUGCAGGCCCCUCGACCUCUACAACCGUUGCUGCAGCGCCGCCGGCACNNCGCAUGCCCAGUGCUCAAUCAAACACUUCGGAGUUUGAGGACGAGUUUGGAGGAAAUUUGUUCGACGAGGUGGAUUUCAGCCAUCCUGAUGAGGUACAUUUGGACAACUCUAUUACAGAAGUCUCUGUCGAGACACCAGUUCGACCCNCUGCCAACUCUGUCUCAGCACAAGCCUUAAAUCGCCAACAGCCGAACAGGGUAGCAUCCAUGCCCAACGUCCGCCAGUUUUCUGCUGGUCCUCAGAAUGAAUGGCUUUCGCUCAAACCCAUCCUCUGCCUCGGAGUCAACGACUACCAAUGGCAGACAGAGCACACCUCCGACUCGGUAGUCACACCUUCGCAAGUACCGGCACACGUACCAUCUGGCUUUGUCUCGGGGGCUGCAGCUUCUGCUCUGGUCCAACCUCCUGAAGCAGGUGCCAUGCCUCCAAUCAAAUUGUUUGACCCUCACCACGAGAGUCCGUCCAUCAGACGUACACAUGGAGUUGACCUUCGCAAGUCGGCACCGAUCAAGCGUUCUGAGGUUGGCGCCCCGACUUUACCAAUACCGAACCCGAAACCUAUGAUGAAUGGAGCAGCGCCUGCUAACAGAUCAAACUUCGUCAAUCCUGCCAUGGAUGCCAGUCGACGUAUUGGCAUGCCAGGUGGAAUGCAGCAGAGUCCCUUGGCAAAUAGAAGUGCCUACAAGCCUCCUGCAAUGAAGAGGCCUUUGCCAGCAGAAAAUGCUGCUAGCAGACCACCACUCGCCGACAUGAGCAAUGUUCAGCAAACCGACGGGGCUAGUGAUUCCAAGAAACCGAAGCUUGACAUUGUGACGGAGCCACAACAAGCCAGUGGAGAGACACAAGCCGUGGCUUGA